AUGUUGAAAUCAAGUGGAUUUUUCACGGAUCAGGACAAGGCCAACGCUGCCAAUGCGUUUGAACAUGCUACCAAGACACUCGUAGAAAAGAAAGCAAGAGAGAAUUUGAAAAAGGAAGAGGAAAAGAAUAGACCAAAAUACGACCAACCAAAAGAUGUAUUCAUUAAAGAUAAAAAAUCGGGAUUGAGGGAAGACAAACCAAAGGUUGAGAAGAAGGAGGAUAGCGACGAUGAGUACGAUUACCUUUUGGAGGAAGAGGAUGACGAAGAAUUACGAUCACUCCGGGAGAAGAGGCUUCAAAAAUUAAAAGAAGCCAAUUCAAAGAAAAUGGAACUAGUGAACACGCGCCAACACACCAAGUAUGUGGAAAUUGCAGAAAGCGACUUUUUAGACGCAGUUCUUAAAAGCAAAUAUUGUGUGUGUCACUUUUUCCACAAAGAUUUUGAAAGAUGUAAAAUUGUUGACAAGCAUUUAGGAAUUUUAUGCCAAAAGUACUGGCAAACUAGAUUUGUGAAAAUCGAUGCCGAAAAAACACCAUUCUUUGUGACAAAACUUCAAGUUCGAGUUCUUCCAUCUGUUGUUCUGUUUAAGGACGGUGUUGCAGUCGAUAGAAUUGUUGGCUUUGAAGAACUGGGUGGUAAGGAUGAUUUCCCAACCGUUUUUAUGGAAAAACGACUCUUAAUGUCAAAAACAGUUGGCACUGAUUUGGAAUUGUAA